AUGUCCAUAGCCAAUCAGUUUCUACAUUCUCCGUCGAGCUAUUUGUAUUAUUCAACUUUUCUUUACGCUCUUGAUGAAAUUUCUAACGAACUAACACGAAACCAAUGUCAACAAUAUUGGUUAUGUCUCUAUCAAUAUUUCCAUUAUUCACAAGCGAAUAAACACGAACUUAUCCUUGAAGAAAAACGUCUUCGCGAAGCUUUACAUCAAUUAGACACUACUCUGAUUUGUCAACACACAAAAAACAAGUUCCGAAUUUGUCGUUUACUUCAACGAGGUCAACAGGUACUUUCCGACCUAUAUGACAAGUACGACAAGACAAGUGAGAAUUUAAAAAGCAUUGACAAUCUGAUUCCGAAAUUAGCAAGCGACGUCUACGCUCGAAAGUAUUCCAACAUGAAUCCAUUUUUAUGUCAAUUGAGUGAAACAGUUACGAAUCUCCAAGACCAAAUAGGACAUCUUCGUCACACACGUAAUCAGCAUAAGUUCACUCAAUUCUAUUCAAACUCUAUUUCCUAUCUUAGUAAUAUAGGUACGGAAAUUCAAGAGAAACUAAAUCAAGAAAAGCUCAAGUUCCUCAACAUGCAAAUUCAAGUGUAUCGUCUUCAAGAGAAUCUUCAUAAGAUAGAAAUAGAAUUAACUGAAAUACAGCACACCUUCAGACAUAAUGUUCAGACGAAUUAUGAACGAGAGAAUCAGUUGACGAGAGUUCUUCAAUAUCAAUUACAAUUAACACCCACUACUUAUGAUUUAAAUCUACAUCAACAGAAUCAGGAUGAAAUUGAACGAGAAAAAAAGUUAUUUUUGAGAUUGAAUAAGGAAAAUAGUGAUUUCAAUCAUCAAUUGUUGGACUAUGCGAAACAGACGAAAAUGAACCAGAAUCGACAAAUCGAAUUGCAUCUAAAAAGCCGACAUUUGCUUGAAGUUUUACAAACAAAACGCAAAGAAAUCGAAGAGGAAAAUAAAACCAAACAAAAUCUCAUUGAAACUAAUCGAAAACUUCACAAAGAAUUGAAAAGAAAGACUCCGAUCUUAUCCACACAAAAUCGUCAGAAUGAUCAAUUGAAACAUCGAUUACAUCAACUCGAACAACAUCGUUCGAAAGAUCUUCCAAUCGUUUCUUUGAACGAAUCCAUCGAAGCAAAUCUUCAUGAAGAGAUCAAACAUCAUUCUCAACUAACAACAACAAAUCACAAUCUGCAACACGAGAUUUACAUUCUUGAAAGCACAACAAAACAAUAUUUCUCGCUUGUCAAAGAACAACGAGAAAAAAUCUUGUACUACGAAAAACUCCAUGAUCAAUCGAUCAUCCACCUGAACAUCAAUCGACGACGUUUAUUGAGAUAUUUUCAAAGAUUAACACAAAUCGAUCAACAGAUCAAUCAAACGAAGAACUAUGUCAACAAAUUGAACAAUUCACUGCCGAAUCUUGCCACCUUGGAAUACGAUCUACACUUUUACAUACAAAGACGCAAAGCGAAACUCGAUGGAAUUAAUACUAAUACGAGUAAUGAAAGUCAAAGUUUGUUGAAAAUGAAAAUACAUCAAUUAAAACGAAUGUUUCAUUCGAAUCAAAUUCUUUCACAAGAGAUUCAACAAAAGAUCGCUUUGACUACAAAUAAUACAUCAUUAAUAUCAAACCAAAUUAUUCGUCUCGAUAAGCAAAAGAGUCAUCUCAGUGAAUAUCUACAAUCACUUCAUAAGAAAUCUUUUCUCAUCGAACAUCAAUUUCUCAAUAUUUUCAAACAACUUCAUCAUAUAAAUCAUGUAAAUAAUUUACAUAACGCAAACUAUCAACAAUCCACACAACAAAAAUACCAAAUUGCUUGGUUUCUUCUCGUCAAACAACGUUCAAUUUUACAAAUUACCAAACAAAUUCAAAACAACCAAACCACUCUUCGAAAACGACACGGUGUUUACCAAGAACUACUACAAAAAAUCCAACAAAUACGCAAUCGAGUCCUCAUGAACAAACCUAUGAAAAUGGUUCAAUCGUGUAAUCUGAAACAAAUGCUCCUUCAUUUACAAGUUCAAUUAUUCGAAUGGAAAAAGAGAACCGCUGAUCAUCAACAUCAAAUUCAUCGCCAGAAACUAAUCAAUUCCCAUGAAAAGUCGUCUCUACAAGACCCUGAUCAUUAUUAUUGGAGUACUUCAGGUAUGAGUAGCUCUUUAGGAAUCAUUUUCAACAUGGUAUUUAUGUUUCGUUUAAUACCUGAAGGAAACCCGUGUGAACGAUGUUUUACAAAAAGCGUCAUCGAUUAUUUAUCGUCUCAUUUGUAA